UGAUAAUCCGGUUAUUUAAUUAGAUUUAUUGUCUGAUUAAUCUCGCUUCCAUUUAUGCUUACCACGAUUCCUCUUCACUUGUGUUGUGAUCUCUGAGUCUGUCCAUCACAUUUCAAUCUCUGGCUUGACUCUCCCUCCUGAAAACUUCAUCGCUUUCAAGCUCCCUGGGUUUUUGAAUCGGGAAAGUGCUGCUUGGAAAUGGGAAGAGAAAAGGGUCCUGGCUUGAAGAUCCUCUGGGUUUGGACUCUCGGCACUGCUGCAAUAUUGGUGACGAGUGUUGUCCGCACAAGAAUGAAGGACAUGGAAUCGAUGAUGAACCAGGAACAAGCACCGAAACAAAACCAGAACACAAGUGCGGGUGAUUCCGUCUUGACGGAUGAAACUGUUUUGCCUGAGUCAGAUCGAGAGAUUGCCAGACAACUCAAAUGAGGAACAGCCUCGUUUUGCUGUUUUUUUUUUCCUCUUCCUUUUCAGUAGUAUUCCAUGAAGAUAAUCAAACAGGUCUUAAAUGGUUUUGGUAUCUGUAGUUUGCGACUAUAAUUAAAAGAUUCUAGAUGUUACUAGGAGAAUAAUUUGAUAGGUGAAUCAACCAAAAAGCUUGAUGAAGAGUGCUUAGUAGUUCUUUUUUUCCUGUGUGAAUAUUAUAAAGAAGCUACCCAAUUUUGUUUUCUUAUGUUGUGUUAAUCAAGGCCAAUAUUUGAAAAAAAUGAAAGUUUAUCAAGGCUAAUCUAGUAACGUG